CGUUCAAUUAAAACCAGAUGUUUGAGAGAGUGUAGUCAGGGGCAGGCUUAACGCUAAUUUAAAGUUACUUUUUAAGAUAACUGUAGUUGCUUGAAAAGCUCUGUACAGGAAGCUUAUGGUCAGGCUUAGCCAGUUGUGGUGUGAAAGUGGGUCGAGGAGGAAAGACGAGUAAAUAGUAAAGAGGAAAAAAGGGCUGAGCGUUUUGAGUGUGUGUGUGUGUGUGUGUGUGUUUUUAGCCGAGGUCCAGGAAGUCUGAAACCGCUACGUUUGCAAAAACGAUGAGGAAUAGUGGAUGGACGGGGAAAAAAUCCAACCGGUUAACCUUUGAACCGUCUUCCUUUGUCUUCACAAGAAGUCACAAGACAAACUCCCGUAACGUUUCACGAAUGACAGCCCUAACGAGACGACACGUUCAGAAACAAGCGCGAAGGACGACACGCACAUCAUGUCCUCUGUGUAUUUCAGUCCAGGGUCAGAUUCAGGUGUAAAUGGAAACACUGCAAAGAUUGAGGACGCUAAAGUGGAGAUUGACGAUGGAAAGGAUGAGAGUGUGGUACCAGAUACAAUGUAUCACAAUAUCCGGAAGAAGAUUGCGCCUUUUGUUAUGUCCUUUGGAUUUCGUAUAUUUGGAGUGAUACUGAUCCUAGUGGACUUUGUGCUGGUGAUUGUGGACCUGUCACUGCCAGCCAAGAGCAGAGAGCUUGGGGAUACGUUGGAGGCUGUGUCCCUCACCAUCUCCUUCUUCUUUCUCCUUGACGUUCUCCUGCGGGUCUAUGUGGAAGGGUUCAAAGCUUACUUCAGCUCCAAGCUGAACAUCAUAGACGCCGGCGUUGUGGUUGUCACGCUGGUGGUCACCAUGAUCUACACUUUCACUGACCUGUCAGGAGCCAGUCUCAUCCCCAGGGUGGUGACGUUUCUUCGUUUCCUGAGAAUAAUAAUCCUGGUGAGAGUUUUCAGACUGGCAGCUCAGAGGAAAGAGCUGGAGAAGGUCACAAGGAGGAUGGUUUCGGAGAAUAAGCGGCGUUAUCAGAAGGAUGGGUUUGACCUUGAUCUUACCUAUGUCACAGACCGCGUCAUCGCCAUGUCUUUCCCCUCCUCCGGGAAGCAGUCAUUUUACAGGAAUCCAAUCAAGGAAGUGGCGAGGUUCCUAGACACUAAACAUGAAGACCACUAUAAAGUUUACAAUCUGUGCAGUGAGAAAGGCUACGACCCCCAGUUCUUCCACUACAGGGUUGAACGGGUGUUCAUUGACGACCACAACGUCCCCUCCUUAGAGGACAUGCUGAAAUACACAGCCAGCGUGCGGGAGUGGAUGUCUGCUCAUCCCAAAAACAUCAUUGCCAUUCACUGUAAAGGAGGGAAAGGACGCACAGGUACUAUGGUGUGCACCUGGUUUAUUGACAGUGACCAGUUUGAAAGUGCACAGGAGAGUCUGGAGUAUUUUGGUGAGAGGAGGACAGACAAGAGUCAGAGCUCCAAGUUUCAGGGAGUGGAGACUCCCUCUCAGAGCCGGUACGUGGGCUAUUACGAGAUCAUGAAGUCCAAGUUCAACAGACAGCUACCUCCACCUAAAAGCCUCCGGAUCAAGAGCAUCCGCAUCCAUUCCAUAGCAGGUGUGGGUAAAGGUGAUGGCAGUGAUCUCAAGGUGAAGAUAAUUGUGAAGAAAGAGCUGGUAUUUCAAUGUGUGUGUGCCAAACAGGAAAACUGCAAAGUAUUUCCUGAUGUGGGCAGCAAUGCAGCAGUCAUCAGCCUACAGGACGGGCCUGUGGUUGAAGGGGAUGUUAAAGUCAUGUUUGAAUCAAGUGCUGGUCUUCCAAAAGGAUACGAAGAUGUUCCAUUCUACUUCUGGUUCAAUACCUCCUUCAUAGAGGAGAACAAGCUGUUUCUACCCAGAGAAGAGCUGGACAACCCACACAAACCAAAGACCUGGGACCUGUACAAGGAGGACUUUGGUGUCACCAUGUUCUUCUCAGAACCAUAACAAAAGCCCAUUUAGGAGAAUUAAAUGGCUUGUUACAGUUGAACCUUUAAUGAUGGAUGGUGAGCAGCGAUUGGUAGAUUGACCACUAACUGAAGAUGUGAAUGAGAGCUAUAAAAUAAAAUGUGUUAAAAUGCUGUUGUAAGUAAUGGGGACCUCCACUGAAUCAAAUCAUGUACACUGCAGUGUUGCUAUGAUGAGUCAUGGCACUGAAACUGAAAUUUAAAAUGCAAAGUAUGUGAAGAAUUCCCAUUAAUUACCUAGUCAUGUCUUCCAGUGAAUCAGCUAAUACAUGUGUGGUGACUCUUUUUGGUGUCCUAAAAUUUAUGUAAAACCUGAAAAAGAACACACAUUUGCACCUGAUGGUUAUAAUGCUGAAAGUUUGGGCUGUAUUUGUCUUUAACACAGUCCAGGUUUGAACUUCUUCCCAGUGCUAUUUUCAAUACACCCCUCUCAAAUAUUCUAUUUGAAACUAGCUAUUUUUCUGAUGUACGACAUCAAGCUACUACUAUACUAUAUUACAGUUUAAACCAUGCAUAGUUUAGUCAAGGGAAUCACAAAUGUACUCAUUGGAAACCAUGGAACAGUUUACCAGAACAGAGUGACACGAGAGACAGAUGCUCAGAACAGAUGUCACAGCUCCACCAUGAGUUAGUUUUGGAGGCAGCCGGCCUCUUUUAUUGAAUCACUUGAUCUAAAUAGUAGCUUUCACGAGUAAAGUAUUAUUGAUCCACAAUGUACCUGUAUACAUCUGUAAAUAUGGUACACAUCUUCUAGUUUUAUGUUUCUGAUAGAAAUGAUGACUGAUGUAAAUGUUGGUAUUAAUACUAAACAGUUUUUGUUCAGUUUUAAAUUCAUAUAAUAUGAAAAGUAAAUAAAUUGCAUGUGUACUUUUAGUACAUUUCACUAA